ACAUCCCAUGGCUGCGUACGCUGGAGGUCGGAGAGGCAUCGUCGAGCCGAGUGCCCAUCAAGGAUCAGCGCCCGAGUGAGAGCAGGCACGUGCAGUCUUCCGGUCUCCUGGCCCGCGACCGUGAACGGAAGAGCCUGCGCUUUGCUGGUUGGUUGUCCGUGGCGUAGCGUUGCGCCAACUCAAACUCGCUGGUGCUGAGUGUGGCGGGUGAGGGUAUUGGCGUUUCUUGAAAACACUUUCUUCUCUCAACCAAGCCGUGAGGACGGACGUGUGUACGCGCACCGUUUCCCAAGGUCGGUAGCAGCGGCUGGCGGUUCGAAGAGAGUCCGCCGCUCAGGCAUUCGCAAACAAACGUACAACUAGGAAGCCUCAUGACUAGGCCGAGUAUCCCGUCCCACCGCUUUUCCAGCCGCUUCAACCAGAAACCGUCAAGAUGGCCUCACUUGUUCGCUCCAAAGACCACGCUGUCGCAGACCGCAGCCAUCGCAGCCAGGGCGGCGAAGGUGACGAUGCAGCCGCAGUCCAUCCCAACGGGACGGCCAUUAACGGAGGCAUCGCUGUUGAUCCAUCCGCAUGGGCCGCCGUCGAAGCGAAUCUGGCUGCAUCGGCCGUUGGCGGUGCAAAUGUGAUGCAGUUUGACGAGUUGGACUCGCCGGAAGCCAAAGCGGCCGCGGUGCGUGCCGCUGCACCCGGCGGUGCGUUCAAGGGCCCGCCGCCCAAGGAGGCGCAUGGCAUGGGUAUGGCGAGCGACAUUGGCGGCAAGCACGUGCGCGCGACGCUCAAUCUCGACGACGUCGACCGCAUCUCCAAGGCCGAGGGCCAGCUCGGCGGCGGCAAGACGACCGAAGGCGCUGUUAAGGCCGGCACGAAGGUCGUCGCCGGCGUCGAUCCGGACGCCAUCGUCGGCUGGGACGGUGUCAGCAAAGACCGCAUCAAGGGGCUCAAUCCGCCCCUCGCGCGCACGAGCAUAAAACCGCCGCCAGGCAUGGCCGCCCCCGGCGAGCUGACCGGUACAAAUGUCUCGCAGACCGCGAGCGGAUCGUCCUCCAGCAAGGAGCUCGCCAGCGCGGCUGCGGAGGACAUCGAGGAGGCCGAGGCGCGCCUGGCGCAUUGGGAAAGCUCGCUUGUCGGGCAAUACGUCGGCGACCACCAGCUGGGCUACUUUUGGACCAACGGCGCGAGCAUGCUUCUCGCUGUGCUCGCGACGUACUUUCUGACGCGCUUCGGUGCCGGCAUCAUGGGCCUUCUCGUCGUUGGCGCGUUCGCGACGACGUACUACAAUGCGAGUAUGCGCAGGACCCGGCAGCGGCACAGGGAUGAUAUCGCGCGCGAGCUCGCAAAGAAAAAGAUGAUGGACGAGCACGAGUCGGCCGAGUGGAUCAACCACUUCAUGUCCCGCUUCUGGCUUAUCUACGAACCGGUACUAUCUGCCACAGUCAUAUCUACGGUUGACAGCAUCCUUGUGGCAAAUUGUCCGAGCUUCUUGGACUCGAUCCGCAUGACGACCUUCACACUAGGGACCAAGGCGCCGAAGAUCGAGCACGUCCGCACCUUCCCGGACACUGAAGAGGACAUCGUUAUGAUGGACUGGAAGUUUAGCUUCACGCCCAACGACACAAUGGACCUGACUGUGCGCCAAGCUGCGCGCAAGAUCAACCCAAAAGUCGUCCUCACCGUCCGCGUCGGACGCAGCUUUGUCGGGGCUGGUUUCCCGAUCCUACUGGAGGAUAUGAGCUUCGUCGGCAACAUCCGCCUGCGCAUGAAGCUCAUGAGCAACUAUCCGCACGUCCAGACCGUCGACAUCAGUUUCAUGGAACCGCCACAAUUUGACUACGUGCUCAAGCCUAUCGGCGGCAACACGCUCGGCUUUGACAUCGGCAAUAUACCCGGCCUCGGCAACUUCAUCCAGGAGCAGGUGCAUGCCAACCUAGGGCCAAUGAUGUACAAUCCGAAUGUCUUUACGCUCAACCUUGAGGAGCUGCUCAGCGGUACGCCACUCGAUACCGCCUGCGGUGUCCUGCAGGUGACCAUCUUCAGUGCGCGCGAGCUCAAGGGCGUCAAAUUCGGCGGCGGCAGCCCCGACCCGUACGUCGCCAUUUCGAUUGAUAACAAGGAGACUGUCGCCAAGACCAAGUACAAGCACAGCACCAACAAUCCACAGUUCCGGGAGACUAAGUUCAUCCUGCUCAACAACAUGAAUGGGAUGCUCACGCUCAGCAUGAUGGACUACAAUGAUCAUCGACCUGACUCACAUCUCGGUACUGCCGCGUAUGAGCUCAAGCAGCUCGAGGAACAGCCCGAGCAGGAGCACCUUAGCACGCCGGUGAUGCUCGACGGCAAGGAGCGCGGGAUGGUCCAGUAUGCGCUGUCGUACUAUCCCGUCGUCGUCCCUGACAGAGGACCUGACGGCAAGAACUUGCCACUGCCCAAGACGCGCUCCGGCGUCGUACGCCUGACAGUGCACCAGGCCAAGGAGCUCGACAAGCGUGGUGGGCUCCUCGGUGACCCAAACCACAAGGCCCGCGUGCUGCUCAACGGCAACAAGGUCAAGGAUUCGCUCGUCAUCAAGCGCACCGACAGCCCGAUCUGGGAGAUGAACAUCGAAUUCCUCGUGACUGAACGCGAGAAGGCUGUCAUCGGCAUCGAGAUCCUCCACGAGCGCGACCUCGCGCAAGACCCUGUCAACUCGUACCUCAGCGUGAAGCUCGACGACCUUCUCGCCGCCAAGGAGCGUGAACAGGACUGGUUCCCGCUGACCAACUCGAAGCGCGGGCGCAUCCGAAUGUCGGCGCUGUGGAAGCCCGUCCGCAUGGCCGGAAGCAUGAACUCUGGAUCUGGCUACACGCCCGCCAUCGGCGUCGUCAAGUUCUGGGUCAACAAGGCGACCGACGUUAAGAAUGUUGAGGCAGCCCUCGGCGGCAAGAGCGACCCCUAUGCACAGCUUAAGAUCCGCGGUCAGAUCACCGACCGCUCGACGGUUAUCAACAACGACCUCAAUCCCGUCUGGAAUGAGAUCCUCUAUUGCCCCGUUCACAGCCUCAAAGACAAGAUCACCCUCGAUGUUAUGGACUACCAACAGAACGGCAAGGACCGGCUCAUCGGUACGACCGACGUCCCCAUCGCCGAUCUUGCGCGCGCGGUGCCGGACAAUGUUGUACCUUACGCGGGGACCGGUCGCAAGCUGCACCACGCACGCCUCAGCCUCGGGCGUGGGCUGUACAAGGGCGAGAUCGAGUUCGAGUGCGAGUUCCUUCCCGGCGUCCACAUUCGCGGCGUCGAGUUCGAAGGCGCAGGAAACGAAGCCGCCAGCAAGGCCGAACCUGGCAUGGACGACGGCGAUGACCCGGACGACGAGGACCGCGACGCCGUAUUGGCUGAGGAGAAGAGACGCAUGAUGUCCGCCACUGUACAGGGUAGCGCUGCGGACGAGCAGGUCGCCGCAUCUGCUGACACUGCCCAGGAUCCCCAUAUAGACAAGGUGAGCAUACCUCUCAUCAAGGACUCGCUCGCUAGCGUCGAGACCACGCGCACGGCCAGCACGCACCGGAACACAAAGGACGAGGGCGUUGAUAUGGCCCCUGAGAGCUUGCUUAGGAAUCAAUCUGGCAUCAUCGUGUUUAAUCUGCUCUCUGGCAACGUUCAUCGAAAGAACUCCCGCUUGGAGGUUCUGUUCGAAGACGGCUAUUGGCCGACGUACACCACCGAGCCCGGUCGUACCGAGCAUCCGACUUGGGACGAAGUUGGCGAGGGCGUCAUCAAGGAGCUCGACUGGUCGCGCAUGUGGCUGAAGCUUCGCCAAGGUAAAGGAGAUACAGACGAUGAUGUAUUUGCCGAGUUCCAGGCAAAUACGAAGGACAUCCUCGAGAAGGCCCUGAACAAGCCGGCGGAAUUCAAGCUGCAGCAUCUCCAGGGCAACGAGGUCAGCACGAUCACCAUGGUUUGCAAGUACAUUCCCGUCAACAUCAAGAUCGAGCCGGUCGAGAGCGUCAAUAACCAGGGUUAUCUCCGCCUCGAAGUCGUCAACGCGAGGAAUCUGCGCGCAGCAGACAGGGGCAAGAGUUCCGAUCCCUAUGUCGUCUUCAAGCUCAACGGCGAGCGCAAAGCCAGGACCAAAACGAUCAAGAAAACCCUCAACCCGGACUUCCACGAAGAUAUUGGCGAAGCGCCUGUUGCUUCCCGUGUCAGUGCCGAAGCCAUCAUCGAGGUGUACGACUGGGAUCAAGUUGGCACUGCAGACCAUCUCGGCAGUGCACGGCUGGACCUCGCGUCCCUUGAGCCAUUCGAGCAAACUGAGACCACGCUCAACUUGACCGGCAAAGGCGCAGGCGAGAACAACCCGACCAUCACAAUCAAGCUGGUUUUUAAGCCGGACUUUGUCACGCAUCGCGAACGCAAAGGCACCAGUAUUGCACGGACCAUGACAUCGGGUAUCGGCGGCGUGGCCAAAGUAGGCGGCGCAGGUGUCAAGGGUGUCGCAGGGGCUGGCAUGUUUGUCGGCAAGACGGCCUUCGGCAUUCCCAAAAGCGCAGCUAACUUUGUCACCGGCAAGGGAAGGCGCAAGAGCUUGUAUGGAUCCAGCGCUGAUGAUGGCAUGUACGAGGGUUCAGAGGUGGCCUGCGCUGCCAGCGGCAUCGACGGCAUACCGCCCGUGCCCGCUAUGCCAGCCUUCAACUCUGAUGGGCAACCAAUCUUCAACAGCCUGACAGCACCCACGACCCCUGCUACCGCCGGUGGGCAAGGGUUCCGGAUUCCUUCCGCAUUGGCGACAUCUGCAGCAACACCUACUGCGUCGGUCGUUGACGAAGACGGACACGUUGGCGAUUCGCCAGGCGGCAAACGCAAGUCACGAAUUCACAAUCCUUUCAAACGCCAUUAGUGGCUUGAUUGGCGCUUCAUGUUAUUCUUCCUUCGCAUCGCGAAGCUCGCUUUCUUGGAUUCAGUCUCUCCUCGAACCGUGUAGCGAAAGACAUCUAUCGAAUGAAAUAAACAAUGAUACCAAAGUUG